CCAUUGCUACAACUGAAAACAACUGCGUGUGCAUCUGUCCUCUUGAUAUGUAUGGAUCCCAAUGUGAAAAUGGAAGGAAUGAAUCUUGCACUGUAUUCCACUCUGAUCCGCCAGAGAGAAAUGUAACAUUGGUCCUGAGGAUACACAGUGAGUGGGAUGAUAACCUGAAUCAGAAUUCAUCUCAAUACAUCUCCCUCACUCAACUGCUGGUUCAAAUACUGACUCCAUUCUACAGAGCAGUUGCUCCACAAUACUUUGUGGCAGUGGUGAUUACAAGUCUAAGGAGAGGAAGCAUUCUUGCAGAGGCUACAGGUGUCUAUCAGUAUGCCAACAACCAAACACAGAUUGACUAUUUAAACCAGAAACUGCCUGUGGCAUUGAUGAAUUUCAUUAACACAACGGAGAUUCUCAGUAACCUGUCUCGCAAUGUUAGCAGCACGGUGACCCUGGAUGACAUUUCUAUUCCAUCUCCAAUAAUCAACAGAACUGCCCAGUUGAACCUGUCCUGUGUUGUUCCAUUUCGUAACUACACAAUCAAUUGCAGUGAUCGGGAAAGCUGCAUCUGCGAGGGAACCUGUAAAAGGAUCCCAGGUUUCUGCUCUUGGAACGGAGAAUGCUUCAAUCAAGUCAACGGCUCCAUCUGCAGCUGUUACCACAAACCCUUCCACAAGUUCACAGGCACACACUGUGAGACCCCGGUCAAGACCAUUGGAUUAUACACGGUCUUGGGGGCGGUGCUGGCUGCCUGCCUGCUCCUUGUCAUCAUCAUCAUCAUCAUCAUUAUUGUUUACCGCAGACAAAGAACAAGGUACCCAGAAAAAGGCGAUCCAUUGAGAUGGUUCUCUAUAGAGGAAGAAUAUUUCAGCUUUCCACAAACAGAUCUGAACAAGGUCAUCUCAACACCCAGCAUCUCCCCUCUGGGGCGCACGGGUAAAUACAACCUGGACACGAAGCUGAAUGUGGAAAAGGACUUCACUCCAGGCAUAUGGAGACCCAACCUGGAGAAGGUAGACACCUCAGUGCAGAUACGAGCAAAGCGACCGGAGCUGGUCCUUCCUCUGAGCGACAAAGCGCGAGAGUAAAGGGAACGGGUCGCACAGCAGCACCCCCUCGCUGGCAGUUCGGAUCAAUUCCUGCUCUGUGUUACCGCAGAUCUUUGACACCAAUAUACAGACAUUCAAAAAAGGAAGCAAGAAAAAAAAUGAAAUCCUCUUCGGUUUCUUGCACCACGUUGCACAGUGACACAGUAAACUUCGGGGCAGAAACCACACCUUUGGAGAGGCAGCCGAGAAAAGCCUGUUGCCACUUUAUAUACGGUUAUAUAUUGAGGACGAUUUCCACGUUAACGCCAAGAGAACUUUGCACCUUAUAUUUGGUUGAAAACCUAGUUUGCCAAACAAUUGUAAAGCAAAUCAUUUCCUGCUCAGUCCUUGCUCUGCCCUUGGGGGCAGAUGGAUCCACAGCAGAACUUUGCAGUUUGUGUGUGAGUUU